AUGGGAAGCUCUGACGAAGAUGAGCGUAAGAAGCGCAGCAUUAAUGAGAUGUUUGGUGAUGAAGAUUCCGACGAUUCUGGUGACGAGCAGCUUCCUCGUCAAAUUGCCGCUACUACGACUGCCGAUGCUUCAGGUCUUUUUGGCUCCGACUCGGAAAGUGAAGAUGAAGAAAAACAAGCUAAGCAUCCAGUCUCGCCUCCUUCAAAACGUGUGAAAAAGGAGGAAAUCCAUGCUCCGGAAGGAGAUGAAUAUGACUCUGGAGAUGACGUAGUAGCUACAAAAGAUGACGACGAUUUUAUUGACGGAGACGAUGAUCUGGCUGAUGUACUGGGUGAAUAUAAUCAAGAACAUCAGCAGUUUGAUGAUGAACGGCCAACUAGUGAGCUGCAGCCACUCCAAGAGCAGAAAGACGACUUUUUUGAAAACACAUUGAAAAAUCUCAAGACUGGACGCGCUCGCUCUAAGCUUAAUUUAUCGCCACAAGAGAUGGAACAAAUUACGCAGGAGGUUCUCUACCGCAUGGACAAGGCUUAUGCUGAUGACUUAGUAAGUAUUGCAGAACGUCGGCCAGCCUUGGAAAAGAUCAAGUUUGUGGAUAAUGCAUUGCAUAUUUUACGUAAAGUGCAAUUCCAGCCGAUGCUGCUCGAUUUUGACCUGCUCACGAUUGUUAAAAAGUGGAUUCAGCCUUUUGAAGAUGGCACAUUACCAAAUGUUGGUUUGCGAACCAAGAUACUUGAUAUGGUUAGCAAAAUGCCAGUGUUUAAAGAGCAUUUGAAGCGCAGUGGACUUGGAAAAGUUGUAAUGGUUUUGAUGAAGCACCCGCAAGAGACAAUCGAGAACAAAGAGCUAUGCCGCAGUUUGGUGGAGCGCUGGAGCCGUGCAGUCUUUAAUAAGACGCUAGACUUUUCUAAGCUUGCUGAACUGGAAGCAGAGAAGGCAGAGAAUGAAAUUUACCGCCGUCGAGAGCGAGCGCGCAGGCAGAAAAAGUCGAAAACUAAAAUGCGUGCUGCUGACCGUGGUGGCAACGUGUUUAAUGGGCGUAGUGCCGAAUUGGACGUUAAAUUUGACGUAUCAGAACGUGCUGAGUUACCAGAGCAACUGCACAUCGAUUUUCUGCUUCGUCCUCAAUCCAAAGUCGAUAUGAGUGCUGCUCAAGCUAAAAAAGUCGAUCCGGAUUCUCGUAAAGCGCGCUUGGUUAAACGAAUGCAAGAAAUCGCGAGGCCUGGCAGGAAGACAAAACGUGCGACGGGUGUCAGCGUUGAAGGCAGAUAA